AUGGGAAACUGCAUAGGAGAGCAAUCACCCAAGAAAAAGAUGAAGAUUAGACGGGAGCCCAUCGCUUUUGGUGAUGACGAUUUAGAGGGAACGGUCCAGCCACACGAUGAUGCGUUGGUAAUAAUGGCCCGGAUAAGUAGUUUCUUGGUCAAAAGAGUGAUGGUAGACCAAGGGAGUGAGAUUAAUGUAAUGUAUCCAGACCUAUUCAAUGGGCUCAGGUUGAAAAACCGAGACUUAUCAAAGUAUGAUACAUCAUUGGUUGGGUUCGAUGGCAGGGUGGUCGCUCCUGAGGGACAAAUUUCUCUUCCAGUAAAUAUGGAAGGUAAGAAGGUGAUGGUAGCAUUCAUAGUGGUCAAUUCGUUUUCUCCAUACAUAGCAAUUCUGGGGCAGCCGUGGAUCCACGCAAUGGGGGCUGUUUCGUCCACCUUGCAUGUAAAGAUCAAAUUUCCUGCCAAGCAAAGUGUGAUUGUGGUAAGGGGGAGCCAGCAAGCGGCCAGGCAAUGCCUGGUGGCUGUAGUUAAUAGGAAGAAUGAGCAGGCCCAAGCAAAAGGAAAGCGUCAUAGAAACCCCUUCAUAGCAAUUACAGAAUCCUCAGGAGGGAAUGGGGGCUACUUGUGCUGA